AUGAUGCCUAUGUUCUUGUAUAUUGGGGUAUCUUUGACUUUAUACAGUCCAAGUGAUGAUAACCUUUUUGGAAAAGGAUUGUACUUUUACCUGGUUUUCCGGCGAUCUUCCCUCGCCUUUACCCAUUUUUUUCGUUUCUUUGUCGACAAGGAAAAAGUACGCGCAAUUACUCUCCUUCACACACGAUUAGCAUCCUUUAUGUAUUGGUUCGAGCAACAAAGCCUCAACCAAGGCGAUGACAACACACACGCAUGCAUUGAUCCGUUUGACUGGGUCUUGACGGUGGUGGGAUCGUUGGCCGCCGCCGCUCACGGCACUGCACUGAUGCACGGACAUCCGGAUAUAAGAGAUGUUCGAUUUCGUGAGUUCAAAGAGGUUGAAGCGAAAGUUCCAUGCCUUGGACACGAGUUCCCCAUUGCUUACCAGUCAUCAAUAUCGAUUUCGUGCCUUGUCAGAAAUGUUGCCAUGAUGACGUCAAGAAAGGAUACAAGAUAUGCAAUUAACUUAGUGGUGACCCAUGACGGGACAAAAUUUCCUUGUUGGGGUUUGCAUAAUCUGAUGUCAUUUAAGCAGAAAUUUGGAGCUGAUACAAGUGGGAUGUGAUUGGCAUUGAUGAAGCCCAGUUCUUCGAUGACCUCUGUGAUUUGUGCUGCAAAGCCCUGAUCUUGAUGGAAAAACUAUAGUAAUUGCUGGGCUGGAUGGGAACUACCUGAGGUUCUCUUUAUCCUUUUCCUUUCUCAUUCUAUCUUGAUAAAAAUGCGUGCUUGUCUCAUGCAAAAAUAUGGUCUCAUUUGUUGUUCUUGCUUGUUACUAUACUUCUAUGAUCUUGAUGGAAAAACUAUAGUAAUUGCCGGGCUAGAUGGGAACUACCAGAGGUUCUGCUUAUCU